AUGGCAGGUGCGGUGUACCUUGGACAGGCCCCUGUGGAUUUAGACAUAUAUCAAAGCUCCUACACUGUCGACUAUAAACCCUACAGGAAAUAUAAAUAUGCCAGGGUCACCCUGGAAGAGCAAGCAAAGCUGGAUGCCCAACUCUGGCACAAAGAGUUUUACAGACCCACCCCCAGCCCCAACCCCAAGCUAGAAGUUGGAUGCCCUGCCUUCAAAAGACCCCACAUGACCGCCAAAGACCUGGGGGAACCUGGCUUCUUUCCACCACAGGACCACGUGGCCCCAGCAGAGAACAAAUGAGGGUUCAUCAGCACCUGUCCUUCCACGUACCCAGCAUCGCACGCCCUGUACCUGGCCCACUGCGAUCCCAACCAGAUUCACCAGAGUGCCGACUUCCCCUGCCUGCUGGAGCCCGAGUGCCAGCCUGCUGCAGAGGUGGGCAAAGGCUAUUUUCUGCUGCCUGGCUGUGCCUGUCCUUAUCACUGAAGAGUCAAAGUCCCCAUCCUGAACCGAUGGGGGCCCUUGAUGCCAUUUUACCAGUAG